AUGGCAUUGUCACAUACCAAUAUCGCAAAUUUUGACCUCUUCUCCCUCUUGGCAGAUAUCGACCUGAACGACCCAGAGGUCCAGAAGGCAGCUACCAAAAUCCAGGCGGGUUUUCGAGGCAUGAAGUCGCGGAAGGAGGUGAAGGACCAGCAGCACCCAGCAGCUCAAGAACAAGACGAGGAAAUUGCUGCCAUUGACCUCACCGAUCCAGAGCUGGCGGAUGCUGCCCUCAAGAUCCAGGCGGGCUUCCGAGGGGCCAAGGCUCGCAAGGACAAGAUGAAGAAGGAGGAGGCAGAGCUGAACCAAAAGCUGGUUACCCUCAAUACGGAGGCCGAGGACCUCGAUAUUGACCUCUCCGACCCUGAACUGAACAAGGCGGCUACCAAAAUCCAGGCCACCUUCCGUGGACACAAACAGAGGGCGAGUGACCACUGAUGAUCUUAAAGCUGUCCUAUUACCACCUGCACCCCCACCUCGCCCCCCACUACUACCACCUGCACCCCCACCCAACCACGCCAUCACCACGCCCCGCCACGCCUCCUCAACCAUCUACCUGUCGCUACAACAGCAGCCAACUGGGAGCGCAAAGAGCAAGACUCAAGAGUUUAUUUGGAGGCUACGGCGAAGCUGCUGAUACCACAACAGUCAAGAAAACGCCAGCAGACGCCAACACACAUUAGCAGACGCCAACACACACUAGCAGACGCCAGUAAACUCCACCAGACACUAACAAAUAUGACAAUCUAAAAACAAACAAAAUAUCCAAGGGUAAUGCGGAAGGAAUGAUGAAAUCAACAUAAAUUAAGAAUUACAAAUAAUAACAAUUUACAAACUCUGGAUAUUCUGGAAAAAAAUAGCCAUACCAAUGAACUUGCUAAAAGAUUAGAUUAAUUGAUUUAUGGACUUCUUACAACAAUUUUGCUUGGUGUCUGCCUUGCUCUCGAUUUCGGGACAGGAAGGCGUGUCGUCUGGGCUAGAGGAGCAUCGAGGGACAUACCAAUCCUGGGCCAAGUAUUAAUCUAGCAUUUACGAAACCAAUACAUCAUUCAUUAAUCAAUGCCAGCUUUGUUUACAUUCAACACACAGUUUUGGAGCUCCAAUAAUUCACAACCCAAGGUUAUAUUAUUAUAAACAACCUCGUAGUGCUUCGGAGCUCAAAUUGUCUUUUAAAUGCAAACAAUGCCCCACAUGAUUAAGAAAAGAUGUAGAGGUUUCAUAAACAGACACGUAAAUGUUUGAUAAAUCCUGGCUACGUUGGGGCCUAUAUAUCAGUGGUUAUUGACUGGUGUAGGACGUCCUUGUCUGUUAUUCUAGUUCUUGGACUACGUGUUCUUCGCGCAGGUUAUAUGUUGGCAAGUGUUCUCCUCUCGUGUGUGUGUGUGUGUGUGUGUGUGUGUGUGUGUGGGGCGAGGUUCCUCCCUUUUGUUUGGCCGGAAGAUGGCUCCUACGCCUCUUUUGCUGUUUAGAGUGUGACUUUUGUAACUUUAUUUGUCAUUCUUUUGUUCUCAUGAGACCGUGUAUAGUGCGAGUAUCUAGAGUUGAUAAGUAGAUAUAUUCAUGAUGAUUACCUCCCCUGUGACUGCUUCCUAAGAUGUAUAAGCUUUCCUCAUCUUUAUCGCCUGAAAACUCCUCUUUUUUUUAAAGUUUUGCUGUUAUCACUACAGUCUGAGAGUGGGUACUAUACGUCGAGUCUUCAAAAUAUAUCUUAAGAUUUUUUUUGUCUUGCUAUUAAAAUAAGAAGAUUGACAAGAUAUUAGCGAUACUGAAAAAUACUAACUUUUCUAUGUUGUUAUUGAGAUAGGAAUUUAUUGUGCUUAAUGGGUAAUAAAACUGCUAUAUCAGAAUGUAUUAAUAAAAGAUGUAUAUUCUCUACUACGUCUUCAUAACUGGCUUCGUUGUGAAAUAAUUUGAGAAUGGUUGUAACUUUUCAUCCAGGGUUCGUGUAACUUAAGUAUGGACAAAGCAUUUCUUAUAUAAUUUAAUUCUUGAACGUCUCUAUUAUAGGUAACGUCAAUAGUUGUCUCUCAGUAGCCAAUUGAUGCUAGGACCAACGAGGUCUCCAAAUUGAAGUCUCAAGCCAUAUGUGUGGCUUUGGUACGGUGGGAAUCUCGGUUCAAGGAAGGUCUCUCUUGCAGCAGUUGGCGCUCGGUAAUGGAGUAGCGACGCUGGUGGUGGUGGUGGCGUCGGCGGCGAAGUGUAGAAGCGGUGAUGUGUAUGCGUCAAGGUACGUCAAGGUCGGGGGCCUUGACGUACCAUGACGCACCUCGCCAACGCAUCUGUUCCCUCUCCGUUGCUCGAUGCUGCAGGGAACUCUUCCUGUGAACUCCCUACUCUGCCUGUGUACCACGGAUAGCUCUUGUUUUCGAACGUUAGAUUGUGUUUUGUUUAUGUCUCGGCUAUAGGUGGAAGUGUGGACGUCGAACCCAAACUUAGGGACUUCAACCCUCUUCUAAGAGUUUAUCCAAGACUUCGUCCACAUGCUCGGACAUCGCCUUCCAGAUACGGAUGUUGACAUAUCCAUUCCGUCUGACAGACGCCAAAAUUGGAAAAAAAUGGCUUCCAUUUAAUGCCAUGUUAUCGAGUAAGCAGUUUAGUCAAAUAAAAAUCCUUGAUAUAAUCAAUCCGUAACUGGACGAGAAGUCACUAUAAUAUUUCACAUUUCGAUGUCUGUUUCCCCGCUUUUGUG